GUCGAGUGUUCGAGACAGACGUCGUCGCGAACCGUUCCGCGUCCACACACACACACGGUCUUGGCCGGUCUGCCCGUACCCGCGCGGGUUUUCGCCAUCGCGUGCGUUUGUUUUUCCGCCGCCCCUCUCGCUUUUAACGCACCGCGCCGUGCCCCGUACGCCGAUAUCAUCGUUGUUCGCGUGUUUUUUUGAAUAAAAAAAAUCGCGUCUCCGUAGACACGAAUCGUCCGUGCCGCGGACGACGGUCCCGAUACAGUUUCACGCGGCAGAUUACACGAUCGGUCCGGCGGGUCGGAACGCUCGAGAGCCUUUUUAUUUUUUUUUAGGUAAGUACCUAGUGUGUCGUUCGGAGUCGGGUCAGUAUAGUAUUAUUAUUGUUAUCGGUUAGAUCCGUGUAUACGCGCGUAUUAGUUUUUUUUUCGCAGGACUCGAUAUCCUCCCCCCACCCCACCCCUAUCCCUCUCGUCGCCACCUCCGCCACUCGGGGACGGGCCUAAGCCGUUUUGUACAGCAAGGGUGAUAAUUUGAAAAAAAAAAUCAACUGCAAAGAGCGAUAUAUAUAGGUAUUGUUUGAUUUUACACCUAUCCGGAUCUCGGGAGUGUACGCGAUAUUAUUAUAGUUUCAAGUAUUCGCAAAUUCGAAAUAUUUUACAAAUUCGUUACGAGUCACCGGUCACAAAUUGAUAGCGAACCAUUUCGGUACGGUUACGAACCCAUAGUAACCGGUGGCAACGAAGACAUUAUCAUUUAAAACUUGUUCCGCGUAUAGCCGAUCAUUUACUCCUUCCUUAUUGUAAAGGUUUGAACAUAUUUUGGACUUGGUUAUAUAUAGAACGAAAAUUAAUUUAAACAUUAAACAUUUAAAGGAAAUUUACACAGUUAAAUCGAAUUGAAUAUUUGAUAACGUCGUGAUCACGAAAAGAGAUAACACGCUGUUUGUCAAAUAGGUUUAAUACAGUUAAAAGUGAUAAUUUUGGAAGGCGUGAUGUAAAGUCACCGUCUAUACCGAGAUGGUCACAAAAUGUCGUGGUAGAUUUGUACCCGGUGUGACCAGUGAGACAAAACUAAUUUCACAAUGUUGUAACCGAUUUCAAUUUUAAGGGAAAACAGUUACUUUCAACGAAAUUGUAGAUUUUAGAUAGAUCUUUUAGGUAGAUCUCUGAUAAUAUCCGAGCCGAAUCUUUAUGCGGAUUGUCACGGUUUUGACGCAAAAACGUUUCGAGAUCGGAUUGUUAAUCGGUCAUCGUCAACUAUAUGAUAGUUUUUUUUUUUACAUUCUCGGAUAGUAAACUCGCGUACAACUUUGCUCUGAGUGCACAGGUUUCGAGUUGAAUGUAAUGACAUCUAUGGCAACAUGAAAUUUGUAUAGGCGUAUCUGUAUCCCAUAUCGUUAUACGACAACGAUAUGUACAAUUUUUGGUCUCGCAGAAGUAGGGCUUAAAUCGAUUUUUUAUUGUUUACAAUGUUAUGAACAAGCGAAUUAAAUUUGAAUUCGCUUAAAAAAUAUAUAGCUUACACUUAUUUAGUCAUUUAGACCAAAUUAUAAAGGACGAAACAAAUUAUACGAGACAAAAUUACAUACAUGAACAAAUUUCGAAAAUUUACUUGAGCCAUUCUUCUUCGGGACCAAAGCAAUAAACGCGGUAUUCGUGAGUCCCGUGACGAUGAAGAGCGACGACUGGAAUAACGUUUGAGAAAAAAAACGUCGUGCCGGCGACAGUGCGUACUAUAGCUCACACGCGAUUUAUAUGGUUAAACGUUAUUCCGGGGAGGGGGUUUAGGAAAAAAAAAAUUUUAACGCGACCCCGUCGCCUCUCUUUAUAAUAAUAUUAUAAUUUAUGUACACGAACACAUGGUAUGGUGUCUUUUACUCUUGUAUAUACAUACUGUCCCUCGCGAUUUUAUACGCGCGCGUCGUCUACAACCGAGCAUAUAUAGGUGUAGUAAUAAAAUUUAUAAAUUUUAUACGAUUUGCCGCAUACGAAAAAAAAAUUAAAAUGUCUAAACAAAUUUGUUUUCCUUCGGAAUCCAUAAAGGGUCUAAUCAAACGGUCAUUGAAACGACAGAAAUUAUGUGUGGGGAAAGUAAAAUAUCAGUUAUAACCUAAUCUAACCUAAACUUAUAUUAUUCUAAACGGUCUGCAGAUAUUGUGAGUGAUAUAAAUGUAUAGAAUGAGCUGGAAUAGGCAGCUCACGCACCGAGGAAACAAUAACAGAGUCAAUAUCAUUAUACAUGACUCAAUGGUCAAAGGAGUCGUAUAGAAGAAAUUCCGAGUAGAAUAUUACCACUUGGAAAACCGAGAUUUUGUUGAGAAGAUUAUUUACGUUAGAAGAAUAAUAUGUCGUUAAUUAUUCAGAAUUGGAACACGGAAAUUCGGAUCAGUGAGUGGUAGCAGAAUAUCGAGAUCGAUUUAGGAUAUAUUGGGCGUAACGGUUUCAACGGCUUUAGAAAUAAAAAUCAUAAAGUUUAUAAUAUAGUUUAUUGGAUAUCCGGAUAAAUUGAUUUCGCACUAUCCACAUAGUUAUUUUAUCAUAGUACUUACUGCCAACUAUAAAUGAUAAUACUAUACUCUUAUUAAUUAAGUCGCUUAGACAAAUUUCAUUUUAUUUUUAUUUCAAAAUUCAUCGUUUAUACAUUGGGCUUACAUAAUGUGUAGUUACUCUACAAUGAUUUUAUCCUUAUCGCGCCAAUAUAUUAUUGUAUACUAAAUUGCAUUUGCAUAUUAUUUUAGUUCCGAUCAUUAAAAAAGUUUAAUAUACUUAGGAAAACCGCAGUUACUCAAAUAUAAAUAUGUACAGUUAAUGCCACAGUAAACUAAACUGUCACUCAUGGGCAAAGCAUAUUUUGCUGCCCUAUAAUUAUUAUCAGUUGUUGGUUUACUAUGUCGGUUCAUACAAAUUUGCCGCCCCUAGGUAGUUGCCCCUUGCUCCUCGUGGCUCAGCACUCGUUCACGUGCUCCUCUAUACGGUUAAUUUCACAACAAAGAUAGGUAUAAAGAUUUUAAUUUUGAUUGAUCUUAAUAAUUUAUUUUUGAAAAAAUCUGAAAUACUAAACUUUUGUUCAAUAAAACAGUUACGAGUAUACACAAAAACAUAAUUAGCAUUUAUCUUGAAAACAAUAAAAAAUUAAUUUAAAAAAAAAUUUGGAGGGGUGAACUCACAAAACCUUCCCUCAUCUAAUGGCCUUGCAUAUGGAUAAUGUAACAUUAGCCAAGUAUCGACAUAAAGCGUUAGACAAAUAGAAUAAAGUUAUCUUAGCCGGAUAAAAUUACAUUAGCCUUCUGUAAAAUUACAAGGCCUUCUGUAUAAUAAGACUAAAUUAAUAGUUGCAAAGAAUCUAAAAAAUGCACGUUUCUUAUUAAAACUUAUUGUUUAUUUAUUUAUUAUAUUACAAGUACAUUUUGAAUUAUUGUACAACAUACGAUAGACGAUUUAUAUCACGAAUUGUACUAUCAUACAACACCUUUAACGUUUUUGAACACUUUCAUUAGACACAUUCACCAAUAAUAAUGUAUACCUCAUCAAGAGAUAUUAUAAAUAAUAAAUAAACUGGUUACGGUUAUAUAUUUGGGAAAAAGUACCAAAUGUAUUGCUAAGUUUAUAAAAUGAUCUUAAAAUAUCACGUUACGAUACAAAUUACGAACACAGACUGACCUAUAAAACUGUACACCGUAUAUUAUAUUGUAAGGUUUAUCACAAGUCAAUCUGUUUAAUGUUCAAUUAUUGGAGUUAAGAUCUUGUCUAUUAUAUAUUUGGAUUAUUGUAUUUCAAUGCUUUUAUACAUAGAUACUAGGCACAUACUUGGGUUUGUAAAGUUUGUGUAGCACUUAGCAUACAAGAUAUUUAUAAAAAAUGUUUUUGUAUUUAACAUUAUCUAAAUGUCAAUGUAAUCUGUAACAUACAUUUUCUAAGGAAUAAAAAUAUAUGUGUUAAAACAUUAUGCACUGGGGCAUUGAUAUUCUCAUUCCAUACACGUUAAACGAAUUCGAAAGAGGUAUAAAAUUUAUCAAAUCUACACAAAAAUAUACAAAUACCAAGUGUAUUUGACCUAAGUUACUCUUCUGACAUACUUACUUACAUAUUAAAUACAUUUUUAACUGUCUUGUUUGACUCACCCUUAGUCUGUAAUUUUAAAAACAGGUUGUGGUAACAUGUAUGUUUAUGUUAGUUAUAGUGAUUAUUUUUUUUGAGAUUCGAUCCGCAGUGUGUCCAAGAAUGUUCAACGGGAGUCUGUGUAGUAAAUAUUAAUCAUAAAAAAAUUAUAAGAUUUUAUUUUUUACUUAACUCUACAUCGGGAAUUUAAAAGCUGGAUGCAAAAAACUAAUUUUUAACCAAUAAAUAUAGCCUUUCCUUAAAACUUUGUUAAAAUAUAUUAAUUUUAAGAUUAAACAAUCAAAAAAAAAGUAAUAGUUGUUGUGUUAAAAAUCAAUGGGAGGGACAUGGAAUACCACUCCUAAUUUCCACUCUCCAUUGUACAUAUCACUGAAGUCGGUUAUUUGAGCGCGUUUUGAUUUAAUCGUUACGUUUCGUAGAUCAUUUGAGAGCGAUUUCGAUAAUCCAUUUGAGCGUGCUUCGCUAGGCAAUUGUUUUACCCAGACAGAUAAUUUCCCAAGUCCAAGUUAUCGUGAUUAUCUGAUUUCUGUGCUUUACCUGACGUGAUUUAUCUAAACCAGCGGUCCUCACUAGGAUUUUAGAAAGGGCCUAAUGUAAUUUUUGAAAAUUAUUUGCGGGCCGCAUACAUUUUUAAUAAUAAUAAUUAAAAAUAUACAAAUUAUAUAUAUGUAUAUAUAUAUAUAUAUAUAUAUAUUGUUAGGAAAGAGUAUUGUAAGAAAAAAUACAUUCAUGACACAAAUGUUUUUCUUGGGUUUAUAAUUAUAAUUUCAAAUUUGAAUUCAUAGUUUAUUUUAUACAAAAUACAAAUUAUUCAUAUUAACAUAGUAUAUUAAAUGUAUAUAUUAGUUAAAUUAUUAGAUUGAUAUUGGUAUUUUUUAAUUUAGUUUUUGAUUAAUUAAUUUAAUUUUAUGUUGUUUUGAUGUGGAUGGACGGUACCUUUCUGUUUCUUUCAUGAUCUUGUUUAUGUCUACGGGUGUAUUUGAUGUUGACAACUGCAUUAAAUCGUCCAAAUGUACAUUACUCAAACGAUUUCUGUAUUUGUUUUUUAUAAAUGUAAACUUACUAAAAGCAGCUUCAAAUAAAUAUGUCGAUUCAAAAAAUGUUAGAAUAGCUUUUAAAAGGGAAGGAUAUUGAUGUUCCUCAAGUGUAUUUCAAAAUUCUAUUGCAUUAUUUUCACCAUUAAAAAUAUCUUUUAAUAUUAUGUCCUGCUGCAAGUCAAUUAAUUCGCUUUUUAAUAAACCAACAUUACAAUUCAUAAUAUUAAUUUAAAAUAUUUCUUUUAUUGUUUUUUCUACGGAUUUUCAAUAAAUCGAAAUGUAUUUCUUAAGUUUUUAAUAUCAUUGAAACGACUGUUCAUUUCAUUUUUUAAAGUGCCUAAUAGUUCAAGCAAUUGUGGUUUCAGAGUUGCUAUAUCAGUAUCAUCAGACAAAAUUGUAUUUUCCUUUAUCAUUAAAUCGAAUUCAGAAAAACUUGGAAAAUAAUUGUCAGAUACUUCUUCAAUAUACAUUUUGAUCUUUUCUUCAAAAGCAAAAAUUUUACUGGCCAUGUGAGGGACAAGUUUAUUUUCUCCGUGCCCAUUGGUUUGAAGUAUAUUUAAACUUUAAGUUAUAUCUGCAAGGAAUGCAAGUUUGUACCAAAAUGCUAAUACAUUUUUUUCAGGGAAUUCAACUUUGUGUUCGUGGAUAAAUAAUUUAAUUUCUUCACGAAAGGAAAAAAAUCGUUCUAAGACUUAACCUUUGCUUAGCCAUCGUACUUCAGUAUGAAACAUAAUAUCACUGUAUUGGGAGUUUAGUUCGGAAAGAAAUUCUUUAAAUUUUUUAAUACGAUUUUACAAUAUACAGAAUUAAUUUUAUUAAUUUGUCAAUUUUAAUUAGAUGAGUUGAAUAUACAAUUGUUAUAAUUUCAUAAAGUAUAUAUAAUAUGCAGUUAUAAAACUUUAUUUUAAAUAAUAUUAGUAUAGAAUCUUAGUGGAGCCGUAGGAAUGUAUUUUGUUUUGUAGUUUUUUUUUCUUUUAGAUUCUAAAUGAAGCGAGGAUCUAUUGGUUUCAAUGUGUACUAUCUAUUUAUUUUGUGUCUGUAAUUAACUUGUGUACCAGAAAUAUUGCUCAAAUCAAAAACUUAUAGUAACUUUCUUGUAGGUUUUUUACCUAAUUGGUGUAUUGAGAAGAUCAUUUUAUGAUUUUUUGUUUUCUUAAUUAAUUGGAAAACCUGAUAAUUGUAUAAUUUUUGUUGAUUUUUGAGUUACCUUAACAACAAGCGAAAAAAACCGAAAAAUAAUACUAUGCGCAGAAUUGUUUUUUUUUAACGAUGGUUUUUCACUGCGUAAGUAGAUAUACAUUAAAUUGCUCUCUAUAGUACCUAUUCUGUGUACUCUAUUAUAACUUCCUUUCAAAAACAAUGACACAUCCUAUCAGCAGAUCGGUUUAUUUCGAAACUUUUAACGUGUAUAAAAAACUAAAGAAAUAUUUGUGGUGUGAAAUAAAACGUACAAUUCAAUUAUAAUACAUAAACACGAGGACACAGUUUGUACACACGAUCAAUUCGCUAUUUUUAUUAAGCUGUUCCGGGCACUUAAAAUUAAUAAAACAAUAAAGGAUCCCUUUAUAAUAAUAAUACUGGGAUAUUAUACUUUCAUAUGAGUUAUUUCAAAGUGCACAAAUCGUGCGACGGUAAAAAGGUUAAUUUCACUUAAGUGACUUAUUAUUAUGAUAAACGGUACACCUAAUGAACAUCAAAUGGAGAGGAUGUUCAAAACGCAUAGAUGAUCCUCCCCGUUUAGCGUUAUCAUACUUACUGAAAAAAUAAAAAUGGUAUUUUAGUUUCUGUACUAUACGGGGUACCCCACCGUGAUCUACUACUUGAAAUAACUUUUAUUCUAUUUAAUAUUUUUGAUAUAUUAUUUUUUAAAAAGAUUAGUAUACCUCUGCGUUACAGUAAAAAUAUUCAAAAUAGCCAUUUUGUAAAAUAGAUUUUUAGACAAAUUUUGGUGGUUGAAACUUUUGUUAAAGUAUGGUCUUUUAUUUUCAACGAUUUUUUAAAGUUUUUGCAAAUGUGAGUAUUACCUAUUGUGGUUACUCUAUUGCAAUAUUUAACCAACUAUUAGUCAGAGCACAUGAUAAGGAUUUUUUUUUCCAUGUUAAUAUCAUGCAACAAUAUUAUCAUAUUAUAGGUAAUGGGUAUUGGAAACGUAUAUCAUUAUUGAUAUUUUUGUUGAUAAACAAUACGCUAUGAUUGAAAUAAAAAUUAAGUAUUCAAAUUUUCAAAAUAUCGUAGAAAAUAAAAGACCAUACUUUAACAAAAGUUUUAAUCACCAACAAUUUUUUAAAAAUCUAUUUUACAAAAUGAUUAUUUUGAAAUUUUUUUAAAAAAAUUAUAGUUAAAUUUUAAAUUUUAAUCUUAAGUCACUAUUCCCCUAAAAAAAAUGUUCAAAUAUAAAUUGUAGUGCAGAGGCAUACUAAUUAUUAAAUAAUAUAUAUUAUCGAAAAUGUUAAAUACAAUAAAAGUUAUUUCAAGUGGGGCAGAUCAUCGUAAAACACUCUAUAUAUUAAUAUAGUUUUAUUAAACAAAACGACUUUACCGUGACGUACCCAAAACUUAUUGUUUCAAUCUGAAUCUCAAAAGUUUUUCUGCAUAAUUUUAUACCGACAGAAAAUAUAUAAUGAUUAUGCAUCGGUUUUAGAAAAUAUCUCUUUCUAUCUAUACACCUAUAAAAUAUCACGUAGAGAAUUUAAAUUUGAACCUAGGUGAACACAAAAUAGGUGAGUUUCUCAAAGCUGGAUUUUUAUGCUUCAAUUUUUGAAGCUUACCUUUGAAUUUCACAUUUUUCUUUUUUUUUUUGUCGAUUUCUGGGUUUCUUUAGUUAUACACAUGAAAAAGAAAUCAACAUAAUUUACUAACCGGACGCAUUUACAAGUUAGUGUCCAAUCGGUAAUUUAGUUUCCGGACCCUUGACACGUUCCAAAAUUAUUUACAACUGACGGUGUGCAAGUCAAGUUUAAUAACUGUUUAUGUAUGAUACACAUUUUUAAUCCAAUCGCUUUAUUAGUAUAUAAAAAUUUAUUAUCGAUCUAGUUAUGCGUUUAUUUGCCAAAUAUAUAUACUCGUAUAUCAAUAAAUGUAUAUAGGAAUAUUUGUUUAACGUCUGUAAAUAUUUGACUGUGUGAAUUGGGUUUUACAAUAAUAUAGUAACAAACUGAUAGUUUCUGCUGCAGCAGAUCGUCUUUGCAUUAUUUCACACAUUUUAGUUGGUGAUUUGAAGAUUUUUUUUUUUAUAUUCGCUGACUUACGUUAGACUCGGAAUAUUAUAUAGAGAGUGUGGGUAGCGGGUGUAAAGAGUAAAAAAAUGUUUGCUGCAUGUUAAAACUAUAGUUUUGACUCGCUUCGGCACUGCAUCGUUCUAGAAGGAGUCCAGAAUAAUUGUUCACAGUUUUCGUGUACUAAAAACGUAAUAUUUCAAGAUUAUCCAACAUGAGCCAUUAUCAUUAUCAUACAUGAGCCUAUCUAUUUUUAACUCUAAAACUGGCUUCUCUAUUUGAUUCAUACACAAGUCAUCCGUCGUAGAGACACAUUUUGCAUAGCAUUAAAUUAAAUUGGGUACGCCGUAUGUUCAUCUGUUAAUUGUAUUAUGUCUCGUAUUAAUUUGCCGAACGGUAAUCAGUUUACUUCUGCCCAACAUAACACAUUUAAAAACGAUGUAAAUAAUUUAAAGUUAUUAGUACUGAAGUACUUUUAUGUUAAAUUCGUAUAAUUCGUACCAAACAUCAUACAACGAUUUAUCAUAUAGUAUAUGAAAUCGUAUUUGUUAUUUAUUCGCAAGUUUAGCUAUAACCAUCACCUAAACUACACCGUUAUAUCUAUAAUAAAAUUUUGUUACGCUAAAUUAAUUACAGAGCGUCUGUAUCCGUUUAUAUCAAAUAGAAUAAAAGUCUGGGAAUGUAUGGGAUUAAAGCCGCCAGCGGCGGAUCCAGACGUUUUUUUAAAGGGGGACCCAUUAUUUAUAUUUUCAGUAAAUUAAAUAUAAAUUACAUAUUAAAUUACUAUGAGAUACAUAAACUGUGGUCGAUUGAUGGGGGGGUGGGGGUGGGCACUGGCAAGAGAUGUGUUAUACUAUAUUACCGUGCGAACAAUUCUCUAUCAACGAGAGAUACUCUCAUACCCGUAUGGUGGUUUUAGUUUUAUAUACACUAUCACAUACUGUAACGGUGCGGAUGUCAUCGUUUAUAUUUUUCCCUCGGCAUCAUUAUAGCGGGAAAUGAGCACCGAAUCGCCUGAUUGUCAAAUCAAUUUAUAAAUCACGUUGGCCGUAGCCCGUGAGUAUAUUUACUCAAAUAAACUUCAACUUGUUCGGAUAACAUAUUGAAAUUAAUAGUAUUAAAAUAAUUAUAACAACAUAUUAGGAGAACGUUACACAUGCAUUUGUUAUUUCUGUUUUAAAAUCACAAGAUAUAGUAAAAACAUGCUUACGCAGACUACACAGAAUUCGCUUGAUUUUGGUUUUAGAGUAAAAGUACUUGUUAUGAAAUUAAUAGAGAACAAUAUUCCGGAGGGUAAGACGUUACGUUUUUUUUUUUUUUAAAAAGUUAUAUAUUUUUUUUAAUUUUUAGCGAAUUAAAAAAACUUCGAAAAGUCGUUACUUGUAAACGGUAAAUUGACUGUUAUAUUCGGAGAAAAUGGAAAAAACGCAACGUUUUGCUCUCCGGAAUAUUGUUCUCUUUUGGUUCUGUGUAAUCUGCGUUAGCACGUUUUAACUGUAUCGUGCGUUCGUAAGACGGAAACAACAAAUGUGGGCGUACCGCACUCUUAACGUCGUACUAUAACAAUCAUUAUCGCUUCCAGAAUAACGGCGUGAACGCGAACGCAUAACAAUACAGCUACAGUACAUUAUUGCGAAUUCGAUCACAAAGUUCCGGGACGGCGGCGACCGCGUCUCGAGUCUGGGACACGUUUUAAACGGCGUAUCUGAAUUGUGUCCCGUGCUCAAAAAUCGACUUUAGUUUGGUCCCGGGUACUAUACUAGACGGGUCCCAGAUUUCCACAGGUUAUACACUAUUUGGGUCUCGAGUUAGUAGAAUGAGUAGGAUGGAAGUUCUAAAAAUUACAUACCCAAGUAGACACUUACAUCAAAAUGAGAAGUGUGGAAAAGAAACGAUGGGAAUGUAUUUUAUAAAAAGAACAAUUUAUAAAGAAGGAAAUGACUGAAAAAAAAACAUUGGCAACAUAUUGGCUUUAUCAAAACGCUUUCUUGUACAUUUUUACCUAAGUACAUUUAGUACAUUAAUAUUAAAUGCAAAAUUAAAUAACACAUUUUUUAAUUUUUUUUUUUUUUUAAAUUAUAUUGAAUUAAUACGACUUAAUUAGUAGUAAAUUUGAACGAACGGAGGACAUCUUGUUUUCCAAAAAUAUUAAUUUAUCGAGCAAAACAAACAUUUUUCAAAACACACUUGUAUUUUAUUUUAAACUACGAAUCACUGACUUAGGACUAAGUCUGUUAAAACGAAAAAGAAAAUCGUUUUUAAUACUUGUAAACGUUCGGACCCAAGCACCCAACCAGUAUACAACCCGCCGACAACCGCGACCCAACCAGCAUAGUGCCAAAAGUCACUGGGACACAACUAGUGUAGGCACUGUCUAUAAAAACCACUUGGAACCGGGACCCGAUUCGGAUGCAGCCAUACCGAUACAGCCAUAGUAAACAAAUGCGAAAUCGGUCGCGAAGUUCCGGGACGCGUUUUAAAGGCGAGUACCGAAAAAAAAAAAAAAAUACACCGCGUCCGUUGGAUUUUAACCGUCGCGCGAGCCGGACGACACCGAAAUUUCCGUCCGCCCCAUAUUCAUACCGAUUACACAUGAUAUAAGAAUACUAUAAUAACAUUCGUAUAAUAUUAUCGUACUGCACCGCACGCCCUUUGUAAAUUUACGUACAUUACCUACGUAUAUAUUAUAUAUUAUUACUUUUUUUUUUUUCUUUUUUUUUUUUCUGUUUAUUCGGUCGUUUGUUUUCUUUCCGUACGUAUGAUACGUAUACGUAUAUUCACGGGCGUCGCGCCGUUAUCGAUGCGAAAGAUCUCGUCGCGCAGCGUCAUCUCGCCACCGCCGCCGCGGUGGUCGACGGCGGCGGACGGCAAUCGCGCGAGCAACGCACACACACACACACACACACACACACACACACAAACGCGCGGGCACGCAAACGUAUAGACGGACGAGCGCAUAAAAUAUAUACACACGCACACACAAUUUUCAUACGAAUAUACGGAUAUAUAUUAUUAUUACGACAUCGCGUCGAGUCGUUUACACGUAUAAUAUAUGUACGAUACGGGGAACGACACGGGCGCGUAUAAUAAUAAUAAUAAUAAUAUAUACUCUAUACGCACGGUACGAUGAAAUAUAUUGAAGACAAUAAUAAUAAUAAUAAUAAUAAUAAUAAUAAUAUUAUUAUAAUAUAUACAACGCGAUAACGCAAUAUAAUAUUACGACGACGACGUAUAAAUAUCGGCCGUUAUUUGUACGGGAAGGUUAGGUCCGCGGGCCGCGUCGUUGCCAGUGUCGUAAAUACUGGAUGGGCAAACGCCACGGGCCCACAACCGAUGAGGGCCCUAGCAGUGGCCCGGACCAGGGAUCGGGAACCUGCGGUUCCUUAACACGCAGUCUACGGCUAUUUGGAAAAUGCAUCAAUGUCUGGACAUUUUAGACGUUAGAGCCAGACCCGUCAAAUACAAAUUUAAAUUCGAAUAUAAUUUUUUUUUUUACACUGCAGAUUAGAAUAAACAGUGCGCGAAAAUCCAGUGUCGAAAAUCCCACUAUUUAGACAAAUGCGUUUUAUUUUUUAUUUUCGUGUAGGUAUUUGUGUAAACAAUAAUGAUAAUAAUUCAAUAAUGCGUAAUAAUAAUGUAUUAACGAAAUUAAGUUUUUCUAAAUUUAAGACUUAUUAUUACAUGCCUAUACCAAUUCUCGAUGAAAUUGCAUAGCAAAAUAAUACAUUAAUAGUUUUUUGUACGAUGGUGUAUUUUUUUUUUUUAUCUUAACCAUUCGGCUCUUUAAAAAUCAUAAUUUCGCAAUUUUUUUUUUAAAUGGCACAUUUACACGAAAAGGUUUCCGACCUCUGGUCUAGACCAAGGCCCAAUGCAUCAUUGGACAUGCUAGGGUCUUUUUGAAAGACCAUAUUUUUUUUUCCUUAUCGGUUCGGCCUUUAGGACAUUAAUACAAUAUGUUGCUGCUAUCAGAAGUUCUAUAGUUACGCCACUGCAGGUCGUUGGGAGUACGAUUACGGUCCGUUUGCACCCCAAGUGAUGUGGACGGAUGCAUCCGAAAUAUAAGGUAUACCACCUGCCAAUGUAUAGCCCAUCAUAUGCACCGAUUUCGCAAAUACAACGUUGUGUCAUGAUUAAAUGGGCGUUUUUUUUUUUUUUUUUUAACGCAACACCGACAUAUAUCUUCCAAAACCGAAUUCCCACCAGAGUGCAAUUUAAAUUUACGAAAAAUUAAAUAUUGACCUUCUUUUUAGUAGUGUUUAUUAUUUUAAAAUCCAUUUUUAUACACGCAUGCAACUUAUGUUUGUAAUUUGUCGCGUGAGUGCUCGGGGCUUGGGAUAGUGUUUAAAAGAUCCGAUUUCUAGUCCUUGGUUUCGCACUCGAAAAGUUACGGACAUACUUCGCACGAUGAACGGGCCACUGUUCUAUAGUUGUGAAGUUUGGAAGGCAGAGGGGAAACUAAAUGUUUAUCUGUACGUGACGAUUAAUCAUUGAUAACGAAAAACGAUUCUGAGCAGAGUUCGGUUAAUAGUGUUGCUGUUUCAAUAAUAUAUAAUAUGUCAUAUUAUGGUAAAAUAAUUACAUAUUAUGCAUUAGGUAUAUAUUUUCUUUAAUAAUACUUGUUUAAUGGUGUACCUAUUUUCCGGGUUUUCCCAUUUAUUAUAAAAUCAGCUGGGAAAAUUAAAAUACGAUCUCUCUAAAGUACCACCCAAGUCAAAUUGUACUGCUAUAGUUAAAAAUCGGAGCAAAAUUACUCGUAGAAUAGUUGUUCACAGAUAAAAAAAAAUCAUCAUUGUAAAACCAAUACAGUCCUUAUUCCGCUCAGAAUCAAAAAAAGGAAAAAUAUGCAAAAUUGUCCCGAAUAAAAAUCGAUUGUACAAUAACAAUACAGUACUGCAUGAUUUAAAAAAAAAAAAAAAUACCAAAUCAUUGAAAACCUACGGAAUUGUCCGAUAAGACCGACGACACCGACCGAAUACAAGUCUUUUUUGGACGCGUUUAUAAUAUAAUCGUACAGUUUGAACAUCAAACCGAAACGGCUAAAUCAGCAAAAUAGCUGUACAAGUCGUAAAACAUGCAAACAAAAAAUAGCGACAAAAUAUUUCGGCGAUACGAAAUCGGUGAAUUACCCAUAUAAAACGAAUAAUUCGAUUCUUACUUACGGGAUGUUUUUGGUGUCAUCAAAAAUAAUAUACGCGAAUGCAAAUACUCCGAACCCCAUUAUAAGCUUUUCUACAGUUAUGGUGUCUCAUACAUUAUAAUAAUUAUAAUUAUCAUGACGACAUGAGGUCUUUACGACCGACUGGUAUUUAUGAACCCUUACUGAACCGGGGCACUAGUAUUCGUAUCCGGUUAGGGUUCACUGUGCCUUGUCUAUACUACACCUUUACCGAUUCGGCCCGAAUUAUCUGAGAAAAUUUUAUUGAAAUUAAAUACGAUUAAUGUUUUUAAAUAAAAUCAAUUUUAUUAUCUAUCAUUAUAAUUUUUUUUUAAAUAAAACAUAGGUAUUGCGAUCACAACUAUUACACGACUGAAAAAUUCAAUUUAUUUUGUUUUAAAGAAUCAAUUGUUUUAUUGUAAUUAAUAAACCAUUAGGUAUUAACGGGUAUUUGUAAAAAAUAUAUGGGUAUAUGAUACACAAUUUUUGUUUUAUGCCAAUUUUUUUUUUUUGUUAACAUGUAUUUAUAUUGAUUUAGACUUUUCUAUCUGAACUUAUUUAAAACAAUAAUUAUUUAAUGAUUGUCUAAAAUAUUUUAAAUAUUAUUUAUUAUUGAAUAAUUUUUAAAAAGUAAUCAAAUUAAUUUUAUUGAUAUUGAAAAUAUUUUAAUAAUAAUAAUCUUGAUCGCGAUGAAUACUACGUUUUACCUAUUUGAAGAAAAAAAAACAAAUAAAUAAUAAAAUAUACAUUUUUAUUUAAAGAAUUGAUUGCAUUUAAUAAAAUAUACUUAUGCAUCGGUAUAAUUUAGAGCUGAUCAAAAAAAUAAACACACUUUCCACUUUGCGUGCAGCGAUUUUAAGUAAAUAACGUAAUUUGUAUAUAUUUUAUUUUUGUUUAAGCUGACUAAAAAAUGGCAAUGAGAUAGAUUAUUUAGAAUUUAAUAAGGAAACAAUAUGGUCCUAUAGUAGAUGAGAAUAAAAUCAAAACUGCGAAAGUUAUUAGCCAUGAAACGAAAAAGAUUACAUAAUGUGAAAUAUUUUUAAAAAGAAAUACAAAUUCAAAACGAAUAUCUUUAAUUUUUCCUAUACGAAAAUUCGUUUUUUAUUUAAACUAAGAACUAAUAUUGCUUAUUUUGAUGUUAAGCUUAUAUUAUUGUAAUUUACAAUAAUUUAUUUUACAACGAAAAUAACCCGUACUAAACUGGUCGUUCGAAUGCAACACGGUCGUCGACCAUAGAUAAUAUGAUAUACGAAUGUAUUAUUUAUUAUGAUAAUAAUCUUUAUUUUCAUAAUCAUAAUAAAGUAAGUCAUAAUUCAAUAUGGUCUAUGUUUCACCUACUCUCGUAAAAUUGUAUUUCAUUUUAUUUAGUUACAUAUUAUCGUUUGUAUUGUGCAGUUCACGUACCGCCUGCUGUUCAAUUCUUCCUCAAAGUGCGAAUUAUGACAGUCUUAUUCUACCAAUCGAAUGCAGGUACAAAAUUAAAUUAUUUUCUUUAUUUUAACUUUGUGAUAGCAAUGAGUAAAAUACCGAGAAAAACAAAUAAAGUUUGGUUGUUAGGAUGAAGGGUCGAAAAAGUAAUAAGUGAAAGUACCUAUUGAUUUUCUACCCUCUGAAGAGAGCAUUCCGAAAAGGUUAGGGGAAAACCGAAUACAGCGCUGGUUAGCUGGAAGUGUCUAUUAUGCCAGUACAAAUUUGGGUUUUUGUUGGCGCAUUAGUAUUUUUUCUGUAGCGUUUAGAAACGAACAUGUUUUUUUCUCUUGCCGAAAACCAUGUGUGACGAAAAACAUGAGCAACGGAUAAACGUAAAAUUUUCUCGUUAAACUAAAAAAAAACUCCAACUGAGUGUUAAGUUGUUAAAAGAGGUCUAUAGUGAGAAUUUCCUAUCUCGGGCGCGUGUUUUUGAGUGGCAUAAAUUAUUUUCUGAAGGUCGAGAGUGCACCGGAAUCUAAUUCAGUCGUAAUCCAAAUUCAAAACCAUGCUGAUCGUUUUCUUCGAUAUCAACAGCAUCGUGAUGACUGAAUGGGUUCCAGAGGGUCAAACUGUGAACCAACAUUACUAUUUGACAGUUUUGGCAACAUUGCGCGAAUGAUUUCGUAAGAAACAGUCGAUAUGUGGAAAAACAAGUCGUGGAUCUUGCAGCAGGAAAAAGCGUGAAGCGUUAUUUGGCCGCAUAAGGCACUCCAGUACUCGAACACGCGUCUUACUCACCCGACUUGGCACCCUGCGACUUUUACUUGUUUCCGAAGAUAAAGUCUGCCUUAAAAAGAACCCGGUUUGAGUCGAUGGAAGAGGUGAAACGAAAAUCGGCGGAACUCCUGAAUGGUCUUACGAAAACAGACUUCCAGCACUGCCUCAAGCAAUGGAAGAAACGAAUGAAACGGUGUGUGAAGAGGGGAAGGGAGUAUAUUGAAGGGGAACAUUUGGUUGUGAAAUAAUUUUUAAAAUAAAACCAUUUUUCAUUAGCAGUCUCGUUAUUUAAUAGCCAGACCUCGUAUUCUUAGACAUUUUUUCUACUUGUAUAAAAAAAAAAAACUAAAAGUAUACAAGAAAACGCUUGUGAAAUUUCUCAAAUAGUAUUAAAUAUUUGAGCCGAGAAGCAUAAAAUCGUAAAAUAAAAUAUACGAAAAUGGACGAACUAAGAAAAAGUAGGCCUUUAUCGUCGGAUUGUCAAAUAUAAUAACGAAUUUAUUUUACUGACUAGUUGAGCUGCAGUCCAUAUGAUAUUGCAUAUGCUAAUAAAAACAGUAAAAUCUUAAUAUCAAAAAAAAAAAAAAAAAAUCGCGCGUUUGAUGGUUAAUAACUUUUUGAGUUUUGAUUUUUUCUCAUCAACAGGACCAAAUUUGUACCUUGUUAAAUUCUAAUAUUUUACCUUCAUGUCGUUUCCAAAUUUUUUACAAAUUAAAUAUAAACAUACGCCUACGAAAAAAAAAAAAAAUGUUUUUUUGUUUCACCCUAAGGUUUACAGGGUGUCUCACGAUGAUCUGUAACUUGAAAUAUCUUUUGUUCUAUUCAAUAUUUUUGAUAUAUUUUUUUUUAAAUAAUAAGUACAUUCCUCUGUGUUAUAGUGUGUAUGUGAACAUACUUUUUUUGGGAGGAGGAGAACUUAAAAUAAAACAUUUAUAAUCUUUUUAAAAAAAUUCAUAGUAUCUAUUUUGUCAAAUAGAUUUUUAGACAAAUUUUGGUGGUUGAAACUUUUGUUAAAGUAUGGUCUUUUAUUUUCUACGAUUUUUUAAAGUUUUCGCAAGUAUGAAUAUUACCUAUUGUGGUUAUUCUAUUGCAAUAUUUAAUCAGCUAUAAGUCAGUACAAACGAUUUUAUGUUAGGUCCCCUGUUGUUGUUGUGUGUUAAUAUAUAAACUGUAUCGCAGAUGCAUACUAAUCAUCUAAACAAUAUAUAACAAAAAUAUUAAUUAAAACAAAAGUUAUUUCAAGUGGUAGAUCAUCGUGGGACACUCUGCAUAUUGUUGUAGAAAAUACACAGCCGCUAUACGUUUAAUUUAUACAUAAUAUAUAUUUUGUAUAAUCAUUUUGGUCAAAUCGUUUAGGGAAAGGAAUAAAGACAAUUAGGCACCGCGGACCCUAACCGGAUACAGGCACUUGUGUCCCAGCUCAGUUAGGUUUCGGGAAUACACACUGCGUUGACGACGGAAUUUUCACGUCGGCACAGCGUCACACGUCCAUUGACGAGAUGCAAAUACAUCAAUUGUUUUUAGAUUGCAAAUAUAAAAGUUAUCUCACACGACAAAAUAGACAAGUAGAAUUCGUCAAUUUAAAAAUAAAAGAUACAUUUAUUUUGAUUGUCGGUUUAUGUGACUAUAGUAGCAUCAUUUUUCAAAAUAUGUUAAGGUAUAUUUUGUCUGAUAGAUAAAAAUAUAAUUAAUUAUUAAUCUUUGAUAACACUCAGAUACAUUUUUGACUUGGUAAAAUAAAAAAACAAUAGCAUUAAUCUAGAUAGAUCUCAACACUGCACACGACGCGUAAAAUGCUAUCGGCGAAAAUGGCACCGGUCGCGGCGGUGACAUCGAUUCUGAAAAAUAUAUACAUUUUAACAUAUGUGAACAGAUAAGGAAUGGAUUGUCAUAAAAACCGUUAAUGAGAACUUGUGCUGUCCAACGUUUGGUUUAGUUUUUCGAUAUUACAAAAUAAUAAUAAAGCAACCAUUGUUCUAAAGUCUGGUAAUUUGACAUUUUUCCAACUCUAAUAACUUAUUUCGUAAUUUAUCGCAAUAUCGAAAAUCUAAAACUAAUGUGUUGCAUGGUGUAAUUUAUUUAUUUUUUUUUACGGUUAAAAUUUUCGAUACUCAAUUAAGUCUAGAGCCCGAAUAAUGUUAGCUCAUGCGAAACGGUUUCUCCGUAAACAACGUUUGUUUAAUUAGGUACCUAACAUUAUUUUGUUAAUUUCAUGAUGAUACAAUAAAUACGUGUGAUAACGACACGGGGUUUUAGUCGUAAAUAAGGUAUUUGAAAACAAAUUUAUACAUUUUGAUAGAAUUUAAUUUUUCCCCAUAUUUCAAGGAAAUACUCGUCUACAAAUACGAUAUAACCCUUAAAUACGGAAAGUAGCACGUCCUCUUAAGCGCGAAAUAAUUUUUUAUGUAAUUAAAAAUCAAACGUCUACAGAUAUCAGCCGUAACUAUACGGAAUACUUACCAUAUUACCAUUUAAGACAUAUGUCUCGACUGUGUUUUAUUCCUGCCAAUAAUGAAAGUGUGUAAUAUUUUUUUUUUUAGAGUCACGACAAUCGUACGUCAAUCGUUUCCGUUACUUUUACUAUUUUUAUACACGUCGGGAUAAAUAUUAAUUCUGACAAUUCUAUCAUACAUUCAUAAAAAGAUAAAAAUAAAACAUACACAUAAUACGCGUAGUAAAUGAUAUAUAUGUUGUAAUAUUUAAUCAAAGAUUAAAAUACAAUUUUCGUAACGUGUUUUUAUAUUUCACAAGGUUGUAUUGUUAUUUUUUUUUUUAUUUCGAUACUGCGGAGGAGAAAUUUAUGCCAACCCAUCGGCCAGUUUUUUUGACCCUGCCUAUCAGUAAGUACCUAUACAUAGGCGAAUAUAAAGUGAAGAUAUUGACGCGACCUUUCUCGUCCAGAAAACAAGACUAAAAAUCUGGCGGCCGGACCGAGAACCGAACCUCCUCGAACCUAACCUUACCUAACCGAUGUUUACAAAGUAUUUUAAUUUCUCUUUUGUUAGAGCUUUACGCUAUAAAUUUCGCAUACAUUCUAUGUCUACGACCCCGUGCUCUCGGCGUUCAAUCUGCAUUCCCUCGUUGAUCGUCGUCUUCAUACCGACAUAUCUUUUCUCGUUCAUAAACACCUCAACAGUAGAAUCGAUUUCGCUUCCCUUUUCGAACACGUUAAAUUGCACCUGCAUUUUCCUUCUGUCCGUAACGUUGCUCUUUUUACAGUUUCCGCAAAUUCCCAUCGAAAUGAAAAGUUAGCUCAUCGAAUUAUGGUAUUUGUAAUAUGGUCAUACCGUCUCGUUCACAUAUUACGAUUGAUUAUUUUGUUAUUUUUUAUAUUUAAUUUCACAUAUCGCUGCGUCUAUUUUUCAUUUGUACUUUUGGGCGCAAGCCUGUUUAACAUAUUGAAACGAAAUGAACCGAAAUAUAAUUUUUCCAAACGCAUUAAAUAUGCAGGCCACAUCCGCAUGUUAAAACAAUGCAAUCGUCUUCAGAUACGCGAAAAUACAUACAGGUGCAAUCACGACUUGGUCGAAUGCGGCAAAGGCUACCCUAACCUAACGCGUACGUUUAAAUUUAUCUCGGAUUUAACCACGCACUAAAAACAUUCUGUGCUGUCAUACUUGGUAUAACGUGUCUCAUUUUAACUUUGUAUUACGUAAGUUAAUGAGUCUCGAAAGAAAAAAAAAACUGGUACAUUGAUUAGGUAGAACACGAUUGCGUAUGUUUGUCGAUGGAAAUUGCUGGUAGAAAAGUUGUUCACAAGAAAAAAAAGUACCUACAAUUGUUUAACUAAUACUAAUACUUGAAUAGUUUCACUUGAGAUUCUGAGCGCAGUGAGGAAUAUAUUGAUUUUAUAUGAUAUGUGUGAAUUUGUAUUUUGUAUUUUUUUUUUCUGUUUGUUAACAAUUUUUCUACCAAAAAUCAUAAUCCAGUCAAAAAAAACGACAAGAACGCCUUUUUUGUGGAAUUUUGAACAGGUAUAAAAUAUCAAACGGAAAAAAACGUAAGAAAUAUGAGAAAGUAUAUAAACAAAACGCAGUUUCAUAAUUUUUGAUUUUUUUUUUUUUAUAAUUUGAUUAAAAAAAAACGUAGACAUUUCACAAAAUACUUAUAUGCACCAUUUUUAAACGCAUAGUAAAAUUUUCAAAAUAUUAAUUAGUAUUUGAUAUCAUCCAGUUUUUUAUUUGAAUACAAAAUAUUUUAAUUUGAUCAGAAAUGCAUGGCAAUUUUACACGUAAUUUAAAGGUAUUAGGUACCUAGUGAUAAACAAAAAGUUGAUUAUUAUAGUUGAAUAUUGUUUUGGUUUUAUUUUUAUAUGCCCUUAAAUGAUAUGUAUCAUUUGUUGGUGGUCAUAAAAUGUAAAAAAAAAGUUUUUUUUCGAAUCAUCCUAUCAAUAUUUUUUUUUACGCAUUUAAACUCUGACUAAACUCGUAAUACUCGUACAAAUUCUUAAAUAUAUUAUUUUGUAGGUAAAUACGGACUGUCUCACUAUACCUCUUGAAUAUCUCUGGAGAUAAUAAAGAUAAACAAAUUACAUUUUUUUUAUAUUACUCACUGCAGUCAUGAGGAUUACAAAUAUUUAUUUUUGAAUUAAUUUUUUUUUUUUUUUAAUAAAAAAAUAUUAACUUUUUAUUUUAUUAUUUUCGGAAAAUUUAAUAUAAAUAUAAAUAUUUGUAGUCCUCAUCCCCGUGCGUAACAUAAAAAAAAAAAAAAAUAGAAUUUGAUUAUCUUUAUUAACUCCGGAGAUAUUUAAGGGGUAUAUCUUCGUGAGAUAACCUGUACCUAAAUAUUCAGAUGAUAUAUUAGUUUUGUAUUAUAUUAGCGAAAAACGAGUGAAAUGUUUGAUUUCGAUUCUAACAAAAAAAAAAAUAUAUAUUUUAUCUGCUCAGGAUCGUUUUUAGUUUAGUGAACCGUACAAUAUAGUAUACUCUUCAAUAACAUAAUAUAUUAUGUCCUAACCAAUACCUUUUCAAUUGGAAACAAUAAAUCCGAGUAUUUUUUUUUUUUUCAAAUUUAUUAUUAUAUUUUUUCACGAUUUUACCAUUGUAAGCCGCCAUUAUAUUGAUGAUAAUCGGUGAUUGAAGAGGAGGGGUGGGAGGAAACAAUAUUAUCCACAUUUUCACAAUAUCGAUCGAUUUCUAUACGCGCAGCCAUCAUGGCGGGUUAAAUUACGAACGAAAAUCAUCGCCUCGGCCGCGUUCGCUUAGCGCGCGUCGCUACGCCCGGUCGCCCACCCCCGGGUUUCGGGUUACUUAUUUGCGGCUUCGCGUCGCAGUGGCGUGAAUGCGUGACGAGAAGUAACGGACGUCUGUUGUAUACAGGGUGUAUUUUUACCGACUACACGAGGAAUAUGUAGUCAUGGGGUCCAUACGUAUAAGUAUAUACUAUUAUUUUUAUGGCUAUAUAGGAUGAAUAAACGAUACGAUAAGUAAGUACAACGAUAAGCCAUUGCCGACAAAAAAACGAUUCUGAACAGAGUGCGGUCUGACCUGUUUAUAAUUAUGAAAUUUUCAAGUAUUACUGAUCAACUAAAACAAUUUUUGGUACUAUACCAAAUAAAAAGUAACUUCGAAUUAAUAACUUAGAAUUUUUUGAAAAUGUUACCACGUCUAGAAAAGCGCUGAUAUUAUAAGUAUUUGCAGUGAAUAUUUCAGGUCUACAAUAAUUUCCAAUUGUAUUAAAACAAAAAAAAAAAAAAAACUCAAACACAAGUACCAAUUUAUAGUUUUUCUUUUAAUGUUACAAUAUUUAAAUUUUUACAAUUAAAAUAAUUCAAAACUUAAACUAUAUUAAUUUCAUAAAAACAAAUUUAGUACCCAUGGAAAAAUAAAUUGUUUUUUAGGUGGUAAUUUACAAAGGAAGUUAUUAUUAUAUAAUUAUUAAAAGUUAUUAUUAUUAAAAGUUUCUGUUUUUGGAGUAUUAUUGGAUUCAAAAUUAAAAGAUUUCUCUGCACCACCACCAGAAAUUUAGGCCAAUUCACGCCACUGUAAUACUGGAUAUCCCUUAAAAAAAUCCCGUUCGCUAAUCGGUAAACGGAAUAACUAUUUAUACUGAUUACCGAUCGGCUCGUCGUUGAGUCUUGACACGGCUGCCCGGGGGUACUUUACACCCCCAGCGCCCCACGGGUUGUUGCGGCGCUCGUAGGUACCAUUGUACCGGCAUUAUUAAAUAAAUCUACAGUACAUUUUACCGUAGAUUAUUAUAUCGGUAUUUAUUUUGAAAUCGGGGAAAUGUAUACGUUGUUGAGUCGCAUUGCGCGUUUACUGCAGUCUACACAACGUAUUACGCACUGCAUAAUAAUUAUUAAAUUAAUAUUAAAAAAAAAAAGCUUACCAUACGUCUUAUUUUCGUAUUAUAACGCAGGACGAAAAUCAACAACGUUACGAUUACAAAAUAUGCACACUAUUUAUGAAUUAAAAAAUCGUACGAAAUUGCGCAUAAUAGUAUAGUAUAGUAUGACAUCAUAUGAUAUUGUUUAUCUAUACUCGGAUAGUAUAAACAAUAACAACGUUCGCGGUUAUAAUAAUAUGUUAGUAUUUUUUUUAAUUUUUUUUUUGUAUAAUUAUAUUAUUAUAUAAUGGUACGUAUUUAAAAUUUCGCGGGUAAAAUUUACGGUCAGCGCUAAUAUGCCUACAGAGGUGUACGGGUACUCUUGAUAAAAAUUUAAAAAAUGUGUAUGUACAUCAAAAACAACACUCGUGUAAUUUUAUAUACGAAAAAAAGCAUCCCGUACCCAUACGUAUACAAUAAAUAUGUAAAUAUCCGAAAUGAAAAGAUCUCCGGGUUUUAGCUGCGCUCAUGGGCGUCCGUUUGGGGGGGGGGGAGCCGAGAAGAGAAUAUGUCCCAGUCCCAAUAGAAAAUUAUUAGGUAUCCGAAAAAUAAUUAUGUAUGCUUUGAAUUCAUCCAAAUAAAUGUUAUUAUAUUCUGUAUAUUGAUAAUGAUAACCGCAGAAUUUUGCUUAUCACUAAGCUUAUAAUGUUUACAUAAUUGCAUACCCUUUCUUCCUCGUUCUUUUUCGAGAAAUACCAACCUAUUAUAUCUAUGCUAUAAAUAAGUUUUGGAAUCUAAUUUCACUUUGUCCCCCAUUUGAAAAUUACCUUAUGGGUGCCCUUGGCUGCGCUUACAUGGUCCUACGGUUUUAUACGUGAUUAUGAUAUACAAUACUUCUUGUAGGCAGUGGCAUGCGCAAUAGGGGUGUAGUUAGGUAUUAUAUCCCCCAUUCUAAUAAUCUUAAAAAUACAACAACUAUAACUAUUUGUUUAGUAAUUUAAUCUCGAAACGUAUUUCAACCCCUAAUAACAGGAAAAAUCUUGAUUUUAAUUGACUAAAAAUUGACUCUUUUGAAUUCCUGUAAUCAAUUCGGGUCAACAAGAACAUUAUUCUACGGUAAUUAUAUUUUGUUACAUCCAUUUCCGAUGAAAUUUCCUAAAAUAAAAUAAUUUUCGUUUACGAUGAAAAUAAAAGGAAAAAUUUUGCACGAUGAGCGGAUCACUGUUGUAGAUGAGAAGUCGGGAUGGGAAUUUAAUGUAUAUCUGUAAACAAAGAUUAUUCAUUGCUAGCGAAAAACGAUUCUGAGCCGAACUUGGUAUUGCUUUUUUAACAAUAUAUUAUUAUAGUAAAAUAAGUAUUAUAUUGAAACAAUUUGUAUGGACCAGUAACAAGAUUUGUUCCACACAAUUUUUUACACAAACGAUUUUCGUAAAAAUUUGAUAUUAAAAUUCCUUUAUAAAAAAAAUACUAAAUAAAGGUUAAUAUUCAUUUUUUGACCACAAAGUAUCACUUACAAUGAACUAAUCUGUUAAAUUUUCAAGCAUUUUACCACAGAGUACCCACCGAAUAAAAAUGAUGUACAAACUUAAUUAUGUAUUAAAAUGUCUAUAAAUAGCUCAUAAAUGGCUCAAAUGUUUUGAAAAUAUUAAAAUGCCUAGAAAAGGCUAAUAUAAGUUUUCUGUCUGAAUUUACAAGUCUCUAAGACUAUUUUUAUUACAACAAAAAUAAAAUUGAAAAUAAUAAAAACAUUAUUUUCGUAAAUUUUCCCAUUUUUCUUACGUUUUAUUCCGGGUUUUUCUAGAUAUUCUGAAAACCGCUGGGAAAAUCUAAAAAAUGACUUCCCUAAAGAACUAUCUAGACAAUAUUUUCUUUCGAAGAUAGUACCACACUUAUAUAUUUAAGCAAGAUUUCUGGUAGACAUUCUUGUCACAGUACAAAAAAAAAAAUAAUAAACAUCAUUGUAAAAUCAACACUCAGAAAGUCAGAAUCUGAACAAUUCUUUUAAAAAAAAGUCAACGAAAUCAGCGUGCGAAAUGUUUUCCUGCAUUUAUUCAUUCGUGUCUGCAACAAAAAAAAAUGUUAAAAAUUUCUCGCGGUGACGAUAAUAAAAUAUUAUAAUACGUCGUCGCUUCAUUAGUUAUUUUAUUAAUAUUAUUAUUAAUUUUUUUCGCUUUAUUUGUUGUUUUCGUCUUCCCCCGUCCCUCCGUCCGCUAUCUAUACCUACUUUUGUGGACGAGCGUUGCGGCGCACUCUGUACACGGGGGCCGGCGCGGUCGGGCGAGAGUAAAAAAAAAAAAAAACAAAAAAAAAUACCUAAAAAAUUAAUGACGACGACAGAAAUAUAAUUAUGUAAAACGAAAUAAAAAAAAAAAAACCGCCGCGUCGCGUAGACGUGUUUACGCGACCCGAGCGCAUUUAUCUGGUUUUCUGGUUUCCCCAUACACCCGGCUCCCCCCCCCCCCCCCCGACGCGUCGCGGUCCGUAUCGCCCGCGGGAAGAGGACGCGCGCGGCGGCGGCGGCGCGCCGUGAAGACGAAACAGACUCGGAAAAAACCUUCCGCCGAUGGGUCGACCGCGGUGUGCAUUUAUAAUACGCGUAUAAUCGCCCGGCCCGUCCCGAACGCGCGGGCGCGCGCGCGCGCGUCGUCGAACGCGUGGAAUUUUAUUAUGAUUGUUUUACGCGUUUAAUACGUACACGCGUCUUUUAUACGCGGUUGGCGAGGGGAGAGGGAAACGACAAAUUUUUGAGGGAAAAAAAAAAAAAAAAAAAAAACAAACGGGAACCGUAAUAACGUUACGACGAAACGCGGCGACGAAGAACCCGGUUCGACGACGCGUGUCACCUACUCGCCGCCGCCGCCGUGAUGUAUGCGCGCCGAUAACAUCAUCAUCGUCGUCGUCGUCGUCGUCGUGUCGUUCGGCGGCGGCCGCGUGUGUGGGCCCGCCGUCCGUCUAGGCCGCGGCGGCCGUGUCACACUUUUUUUUACUUUUUUUUUCUGUAUAAAAUACGUACGUUCCGUCGUUUCCCCUCCUCCUCCCCCCCACGGCCCGCACGCGACCGCGUACUGCUUCUCUCCAGGACGCGUCGCCGUUUCACGCGACCCACGCCCGUACGUCAUCGUCGUAUUAUCGUUCCGCGCCGUUAUAAUAUAGGCAAAAGGUUAGGUCUUAAACGCCGCGCGAUAAAUUGCCAGCAAACGAUCGGAUCGUUACGGUUUACCGUCGCGUACAAACAGCACGCACCGUGACGGUUGACGGGAAUCGGAAACGGACUGGACGAUUGGUGCCGGCCGGCCGACGUCAAUUUCUGCAAACCGUAACGAUAAGGCGGAACGUGCACACUGCGCAGCGGCCACUUAUCGCUACGGUUUUCAUUUGGUUUCGCGUUGUGACAUUGAGACUCCUCGAGCGAAUUUACAGAACUCUAUUUACCCGCCUGUGACUGGUCUAGAGCAAUAGAACACUCGGACAGGAAUCAAAAGGACCUUGCUUGUACGGAGCUCGUUAACAAACACAAGGCGUUUGAUCCGUUGGCACGCAGAAACACUGUUGUGAACAAAUUAACGCAUAGCGAAAGCUAAUGGCAAACCGAGGUCCGAGUGUACCGCGGUCGACAAAGACACGUAUUGGACAAGAAAUCGUUGCGUGUAAAAAGUACUCACUCUUUCGAUUAAUUUGAACAAAAAUUAUGACGAUAAAUCGCGGUAAUGACGUGAUUGACAAUUUAUCGAACAAACAUAAUACCGAAAGAGUGCCGAGUACUGUUUGCACGCUACGAAUUCGCGUCCGAUGUCCUUUGUCGACCGCGGUACGUUCGGUUUGCCGAACCAGUUCGAUACGUCCUUUACCCGCGAACGUUAACCAACGCAAACCGAAUGGAAUCGUAACGAAAAAUCGUGGCCGCUAUAUGUUUCCGAUUCCGAUAAAUCGCUACAAUCAGUGGCGCAUUCGGAAUAUAUUAUGCGCCCCCUGCCGAAACAAUUUUAAUGCUGCCCCCUACCCUCCCACAUAUUUUCAACAACUAUUCUUUAAAAACUCAGACCUUCCCUUCCCUACACCCUUAGUUACUGACAAAUGCGCCCAUUGCUUGUUUCGAAUGACAUUUUAAAAUGUAUAUCCUAUAGGGUUUAACAGUUUACAAUUUAUAAGCGUUUUAUUAAAAUAUCAAAAACCAUACCGAAUAACGACAUGAGUAAAUUGUAUACGUUAUCAGUCGUUUCACUCAUAUCACAUUCAAUUCAAAAUGAUUUGGUACGAUAAUCCGUUAUCAUUUAUUACUUGUUACUCGGAGGUACAAAGUGUAGAAAAAAGUUUAUACAAAAGGCGGCCGUACUCGACAUAAAAUCACUCACGGUUCUUUUGUAUAACAGCAAUUACGACCGAUUACAUAUUUAUUAUGAUAAAAACAAAAAUCAAUACACUCAAUAAAACUGCCGCCUCUAAAACUGUAAUAAUUUUACCACUGAGGUCAUUUGGCGCCCUUCGACUCCCCUCCUAAAUGCACCACUGGCACCACAUUUUACAAUGAUAGUGCUUUUUCCGAAGGGGAAUCUGACUGGAGAGGCACUUCAGAGAGGUCAAUUUUUGGUUUUCCCAGAAUUUUGUCCAAUAAAUGAGAAAAUCAUAAGUUAAGUAGAGAAAAUAUUAAACAAAUUUUAUUAAGGAAAAUGUAUAAUGUCUAUGUAAUUAGAUUUGUUGAGCUUUUUAUAGAGAUUCUAGUUUUGUGCGCUUUCACGUAAUUUUUAUUUGAUAGGUAUUCGGCGAAUAAAAUUGUUGGACCAGACAGAAAUGCUUGAUAAUUCAAAAAAUAAAUUUAUAAAAUAUUGCAUUCAAUGUAGUAUUUUGUAUUUUUUAUCGCGAUUAUUUUACGGACUUUGAAAACUUGUAUAUAUGUAUAACCGACCGAACUUUACUCCGAAUCGUUUUUCGUUAGCUACGGUAUAUUGUUGUCAACCGAUAUAAAGCGAACGGUUUUAUGUACCCAACCGUCCCAACUUCCCACCCAGUGGCGUAAAUUCCGGGUGAGCAAGGCGGGCAAACGACACAGGCCCACAACUGAUGAGGGUCGUAGCGGUGGCCUAGACCAGGGCCACUUUUCGGUUCGGUCCUUCAGGACAAAAUUUUGCCACGGGCGUUAGAAGUUCUGUGGUUACGCCACCGUACGCUGUACCCGACAACAGUGGCGCACGCGCGUCCCCGGUAUCAGCUCUUUGGUUUUUUGAUGCGUACACGCUGACAAUCUCCGCGCGGACACUGUGUAACAAUAUCGUUACAAUAUUAUUAUUAUUAUUACGCCGCUCAAUUUACCGCAAUAAACGAGGCGUAAGUGUAUUAUUAUUAUUAUUAUUAUUAUUGUUACUAUUAUUAAUACAAUGCACGGGGUAUAAUCUUUCGUUUCCUGCGCGUCGCCAUCGUAAUCCGCUUAUGUCGUCGGUGUAAUUAUAACAGUUAUCGCCGACUUCCGUCGCCGCCUCUCCCGCGUAAUGCGAUUUACGCGAUAUUGCGUUUAUCCGGUUCCCGGGACGAGUGGGCGGGGUGUGGCGGGAAUGACAGGGAAGGGGAACGGCGAAUCUUUCCGCGUCAAUUUAUUAUUGUAAUAACAUCAUAACGCUUAACCGCUCGCAGUCUGCAAAGUAUUUCGGCGUGGUGCGACCGACACCACAAUAUUUACAACACACGAUAAUAUCGUUAAAAGUCAAACGUACCUACGCAUACGUAUAGCAACUCGGCUGCGCAACAGUCGCCUUUUAAUAUCGGAACGACCAAGUGACAAUCCGGUCAGAACAGACGAGUGUAGACGAUGAUUCGGUUACAAAAAUAAUAACAGCAACAAAAACGUUUUAGCCGAAAAGACCGAGUCGCGUUUUACAUUUUGAUUGCGAUCGCAUUAUACCAGAUGAUGAAUUUUUAAUUCGAAACCGGUCGCAAAUCACAACACUCCGGGCGACGCAUUCAUUCAUAAUAUUCGUUUUUUUUUUUUUAUUUUUACACAUUUGUUUACUGUAUUUAUUGAAAACGUAUUAAAUACACGCACGUUUAACGCGUACCCAUUUAAGCGUGAAAUAUUCGAUUUCGGGGCUGUUAACGCGAAUUCCGUUUUGCCGCCUGCGACAAUUAUCAUCUUAUCACAACCGAUAUCAUCCAUUAUUGUUUUUAGCUAUACUGUUCGGCGCUGUUCGCAUCGAGCCGUCAGUGCGGCGUCGGUCCCGAAUCCGCUCGAAGUCUCCGUACCCAAACCGCCGAGGGUUCCAGAAUAAUCGCUAUUGGAAUAUUACAAAACGAUAUCGUGGUAAUAAUAAUAUAUUGUCCGCAGAGUGCCGUACGGACGGGAUUGUCGCGGUCGGACGGCAGCGUCGCAGGCGAUAACCGCAGCGUCAGUCUGCGGCACCGCUUCCGGGUCCGGUCGGAUGCGUGGCGACUUUGAUCUUCAGCUUCAGGUGGAGCGGGACCGACUCGGACUGCUGCUGCAGCAUCAGGGAACGGCCGCCGCCGACGUGGAAGACGCUGCAGACGUGGACGACUCGGACGUGGACGACAACGGUGGCGGGGUCAAUACCACUACCGCUAGUACUACCGCCACGACGACGGACGGUACCGGUGGCGGCGGCGGCGGUGGAGGCGGCGGCAAUAAUGACGUGAACAUGAUGAUGAUGAUGGAUGCGGCGCGGCCGUCGGUUGCCGCGGGUGAUGAAUCACCGCCGCAAUCGCCGCAGCAACCGCAAUUGCACGAAUCGAUUGAAGUUGACCAGACGGCGGGGUCGUCAUCGACGUCACCGCCCGCGACGGUCACGAUGCCCCCGAUCACCAAUCCUAUCGCCAAACAGGAACAGGUUAGUGUAUUAUGAUCGAAACUUUCGAUAAAUACUACAAACCAUUGCGAAUUAUGCGUGGUAAUAGUUGUUAAAAAAAAAAAAAUAAUAAAUAAAUAUGUUAUUAAAAUAUCAAUUAAAUAAAUAAAUUUAAAAAAACCGGACAUAAUUCGCACGUAGGUGCAGCCACUGUUGUAGUUGGGAAGUUGGGAAGGUAGGAUACAGAAAGGAAAUAAUUCUUUUAAAAAUAAAUACCAUAACAUUUAAUUCAAAUUUUUUUUUUUAUUACAAAGUACGACUUACAAAAAUUAAACUCCUGUAAAAUUUCAAUUUAUUUUUUUAUGUCUAACAAUUAUAUCAACGGAGUACUUACCAAAUAAAAAUAUAUGAUAAUUAAUCAUAUUAUUAAAAUAUUAAAUAAUUAAAUAGACAUUAUAUAUUUUCUUAAAUGUUAUUUGUUUAAUAUUGUAUCGAUUUUCCGAUUUUCUCAGUUUCCCAUGUUUUUCUCGGUUUUUCACAUUUUAUUGGGAAAAUCAAAAAAUGUCCUCCUUAAAGCACCACUGCAAAACAUUUCCUUCUAGAAAAAGGUCUACUUCGUAUAUAUCGAAGUAAGUUUCCUGAUAGAAUAUGGUGUACAUAGUAUAAAAAAAAAAAAUAUAGAAAUAUUCAUAAAACCAAUACAUUAUUCACUACACUCAGAAUCUAAAAGUAUAUAAAUAAAUAAGUUGGAAGUUUAUAUUUAUAAUAUUAUAAAUAUAUCAUAUUAUAUUUUUUUUUUUAAAUUGUUCGUUUAGUUUUCUAGCGACUAUGAAAAUUAGUACCUACGUUUAUUAAAAACCACUACAAAUAUAAAUUAAAACAUUUAUAUACUUAUAGCUAUUAAUUAUAUUAAUCGCUAAUUUAACUCACUGCUGCAGUCACAUUUGCCUGACACACCGGUCUGUUCUUUUUUGGACGGAUAAUAAAAUAAUAAUUGUUUAUUAUUAUUCUUUUGCGGUUUUGCGGUGAAGAUAAAUUAAAAAACCUUGUAUACCUUUAAUGACCAUAUGUUUAGUUAGCUUAUACCCAUAAACGAAACAUUUUCUUGCAGGUAUAUGCACAAACCCAUUAAUAAGAAUCCUGGUAUGCGUCAUAUACUCGUAUGUUUACUUUACAAUAUACCACUUUAUACACUACUUCUAUACGUCUAUAUAUCACUUCCGAAAAAUGAAUGGAAUUCGAUCGUUGAAAAAAUAGAGAUAGGAUUUUAAAGAUAAAUUCCGCAAAAGACACAUCCUUAUUUUAUGUUAUGUAUGUACAAAAUUUCAACCGCCUGGCUUCAUUUGGGAGUCUGUAGAAGUUUUCAAAACUCAAAAAACUCCAUCCUCCCGUGACAACGAAAGUAAAAUUUAUAUUGAAGUUCAAUACGAAUUGUAUAAUUUUAAAAUGAUUAAUUCUCGAGUUUGAGUUCAUUUGGUCCGGGGAUAGCCCCUGGGGAAAUAAAAAAAUGGCGUUCUUAAAGUACCACCCCAGUCAGAUUUCCUUUUAGAAAAAGAACUUAGACAUAUUCAAUCGAAUCAAAAUAUCUGGUAGAAAAGUUGUUCAUAUAAAAAAAAAAAAUAAAAAAAUAAACAUCAUUGUAAAACCAAUGCAAUUAACAGACCAACAUCUAAAACGAACAAAUGUUUCCUACAAAACAUAGACAAAAAAAAAAAAAAAAAAAUCGAAGAAUUCGAAUACGUUUUCAAAAUUAAAAUUGGCUGAAUUUAUGGAUGAAAUGGACGAAUUUAGUACUCUAGCUUAUUGGUUCAACAUAUCAUGUUCAUUCGUAAAAUGUUCCCUCCAAUGCGUAUCUUAUCCGACAGUGGAUAGAGUAAGAAAGAUGUACUAUUAUGGAUGGUCAUUAAAAUGUAAAACAAUUUUAAAAUUUUACAAAAUUGGAAAAAUGUUUAAAAACCGUAUUCGACCCCCUUAAACAAAAAAUGUUGAUAUAGAAACCGUUUUAAUUGCAUACGUAAAUGUUUCAAAACGUUUUGAUUCCGUAAAUAACGUAUUUUUUUUUUUUCAAACGCAUACGUUUUAGAAUGAAUCAAUACAAACGUGUAUGUUACAGGACGAUUACGACUUGGGCACAACGACAGGUGUCGGUUACGGUGUCGAUGGUUACACCUCCUCCGCCGCCGGGUCAGGUCUAGCCGACAUGAUAGGGGGCGGAAUCGGCAAUCACCUUCACCCGCACCACCAUCAUCACUUACUCCUCUUACAUCACCAACAACAGCAACAGCACCAGGCUCAUUCUCAGACCGGCGGCACCGCGACCAGCGGCUAUUACAGCGGCGGGGGUGCAAGUCAACAUCAUCCUUCGGCAGUGCCACCGCCGCCGCCACUUCCUCUUCUGCUCCACGACCAACAACAGAUCGGAGGCGAUUUGCAGUUGCAACUUCACCUUCACCAUCAACAUCAACACCAUCAGCAGCAACAACAGGAACAACACUCUCAACUUUUGCAUCACCAUCAACACGAAGAUUUCCAGUUUCACUUUCAGCAACCGCAUCUCGUUGAACACCAGCACCCUCAUCACCACCAUCACGAACUGUCGACGAACGCCGCGCACCAUAGUUUACAACAGCAACAACAACACAACCAGCAAUUUUCGUCAGCCCAUGCUGCCCACCACCAGCAAUAUCAUCAGCAACAACACCAAAGACAACAACAAUUCUCGCCGCAAUCAUCAGUGGUCGGUCUUUCUCAUCCUCAUUAUCAUCAGCAACAGCACCACCAUCUGCAGCACGGUGUAAGUGACGGAGGUGGCAAUGAGGACGACGAGGACGUGGUGACUUCGGCUUCCGCAGCGGCGGCGGCGGCCACAGCGGCUGCGUAUGCGGCGGCUGCCGCAAUAUACGGCGGUGGUGGUCAAAGUCAACAUGGCGGCCAUCACCAUAGCGGUCAACAACAAAGACACCAACACAUGUUGAGACCCUCUACAGCUUCUGUCAAUCAACAACACGACGUCCAACAUCAUCACCACCAGUUGAUGGUGAUCGGCGGUGGCGUACCCUCGCUACCUCCACCUCCGAUAGCGCCUGGUUAGUAUAUACCUAUUAUAAUUAAUUUAUAUUUUUUCUCAUUUCAUCCAAUCUCUUUUCGUCACUCUACUCAUUCGUUAUACAUUUUUUGUGCAUCAUAAUAUGAUGUUUUGAGCUAUUAUUAAUUUUCUACUCGUUCAAUAACAUUGUCAUGGGUCACGUUGUAGAUAGUCCUCCGACCCCCGCCUUGCAGCAGCUGAGGACCGCGGCUGGUGCAUCGUCAGACCCGUCGAGCGGAACGGGCUUGUCAUCGCCACCGGUCAUCAAGUCCAGACGGACUUCGGGGUCUGCGGCGACAAACGACACGGGCGGCGGAACGACGGGCCGUUGCGGCGGUCGUGGCCGGGGUCGUAGAGGUGCCACAGCGACAGCCGCCGGCGGCCUAUCGGGUUCUGCGGCCGCGGCUGCGCUACAGCAACAACAGCAGCAGCAACAGCAACAACAACAACAGCAGCAGUCGUCGUUGCUUUUGCAUCCACAUCACACGGCGCACCCGCAUCUCCUUCCUCACCUUCAGCAACAGCAGCAAUUCGGUGGCAACGGCGGUGUUCCGGGCACGGGCGCGUUGACCGGCGCGCAGGCGGCCGCGGUGGCGGUGGCCGUCGCCGAAACGCAACAACAACAGGGUCCGCCGCUGGACCGAGUGUUCGUGUGGGACCUAGACGAGACGAUCAUCGUGUUCAACUCGCUGUUGACGGGCGGCUACGCGGCCACCCACGGCAAGGUAUAAUAUUUUUAUCGAAUUUAUUUCGCUAAAUUUCGUAUACACCUCGACAAGUCGAAAACCUUGUCAAGACAAGUCGAAAUAAAUGUCGUUUCCUUGCGAAUACCUCGAUCGCUCGAAUGAAAACCUACAGAUAACUCGAACAUUCUGUGUUCCGAACAUAAACGUUUAAUGACGGAUAAUUAGUGUAUAACCAUUUGUCUAAUAAGCUCGCGCGUCACACAGUUUAUCCUAAUCAAGGUCGGCUCGGUGACUCGUGAUUAAACAUGAAGAUUACAUAAUAUUAUCUAUUUCGUUCACAGGACCAGCGGGUCAUGCAGCCACUCGGCUACCGGAUGGAGGAAAUGAUAUUCACGUUGGCCGACCAGAAUUUCUUCUUCAACGAAAUCGAGGUGCGUAUCGGGCGGUUCUCGUAAACCGCGGUAAAAAAUUAUUCGCGGUGCGAUUUCGGUAAGUGAUGAUGUAUUUAUGUAUAUUUUUACAGGAGUACGGUGGCGGCGAUCAGGCCCAACACAUCGACGACGCCGCGUCUGACGACAACGGCCAGGAUCUGUCGGGCUACGACUUUAGCGCAGACGGAUUUUCCGCGGCCACGGUCGCCACUCAGCACCAUCAGCACCAUUUCGCUAACCAGUCUCACUUUAACAGCACCGCCGCCGCCGCCGCCAACAGCAAUAACAGUCAACAGCACCAAUAUCAGCAGCAGCAGCAGCAGCAGCAGCAGCACAACCCGUACCAUCAACAGCAGGCUUACCACCACCAUUCGCAGCAACACCAUAGUCUGUUGGGCUCCGGCGGAACGUCCGUCGUCAAUUCGUCCGGCGGCGGCGGUCUGAGAACCUCCGUCGGACUGAGAGGCGGUAGUGGCGGCGGCGGUGGCGGCGUGGACUGGAUGCGCAAGCUCGCGUUUCGGUAUCGCAGGGUCAAGGAACUGUACAACCAGUACCGGAACUCGGUGGGAGGUGGGUAACGCGCCGCGAUAAGUGCGCGAUGACCGCCGAGUUUAUAUCCAUGUUUUAUACGCGGGAUCGAUUUAUUGUGGUGUUUUUCUGAUUCGUCGUUUAGGACUGUUGGGACCCGGAAAACGAGAAGCUUGGCUCCAGCUCAGAGCCGACAUCGAAUUGCACACGGACGACUGGCUCACGAUGGCCGUCAAGUGUUUGAACGUCAUCAACUCGAGGUACGCACACUGUUAAACCCACGAUUGCUCUCCGGGUUAUAGCAAUAGGCGUUUACGCUCUGGAAUCGGAUCGUAGACGUCACCCCGUAUUCUAUUCCUUUCAAACCUCACGUCCUGUAAGACGGUUCGUCCCGUUUUACUAAUUAUUUAAUUAUUUUUACGGAGUGAACUCCAGUCAGCAAGAUGUGCAUUAAAUAGUCAACGAAUUAAUAUUUUAUCAAAAUCGGCAUUUAUCCAAAAACUUAAUAACUUGUGUCGAAUACAACGAUACAAAUAAUAAUAGCGAUCAUAAACAUAUUGUAUAAACAAACAUAACGAGUUCAAUUAACUGUAUAAAAUAACACGGCUAUAAAGAUUAAUGGCGAAUAAUCCCAUACUGUCCCGCGGUGUCGAUUUGUACGUCCUUUAUUUUAUCCCGCCGGUUCCGUUGCUCCAUUCAAACUACCCGUCAUACAAUUAGGACUCGCGGGCAAUUAUACGGAAGACGCGUUACGUAAACGGGGACAUUCGUUGUUAAACAGUGGCGUAACGAGGAGGGUAGGGGUGUUUUAGGUGCAGAAACGCCCUUCCCCCCUUUUGACAUGCGAGAUUCGUAUGUAUCGUCUCCGUCUUACAGACGUAAGACAUAACAAAUUUGCGUUCAUCGGGGACAAUAUCAUUCUGUUUAUUUUAAAUACUAGAGUGAAUUAUUAUGAAAUAAUCACCAUUACCGAACAUAAAAACAAGAACAUUACCGGGUAAUUGUGAUAUUUCAUUGUUAAAAUGUUUAAUAACGCUUAAAGAAAAUGUUUAUUUGCAAAUUAAACGUUGAAAAAAUAGCGCCAAUAUCGUAGAGAUAAUGUUCUUAUUUUUAAGAUUGAUAAUAAGUCAAUUCAUUUUAAUGUUAAAACUAUAAUAGCACAAAGUCGUCCCUGCAAAAUGCUAAUAUUUUGCUGUGUCCUUUGCGCGUCCUCUUUAGUUUUUAACAAAUAAACAACUAAAUAGAAAAUGAUUUUGAAUUUUUUUAUAACACCUCCUCCCCCCUACAACCCUAGCUCGUAAAUUAACGUAAAACGUAUAAUUCGUCAAAAAAUUAAAUAACAUAAAAAGACGUCCUAGGAUAUUGGGGAUUUGUGCAGCCACUGUUGUAAGUAAUUUAAUGUAUAUCAACUAUUAACCACUGCUUACGAAAAACCGAUUCUGAGCGGAGUUCAGUUGAUAGUGAUGCUUUGUCAUAUUAUAGUAAAAUAAUUAAAUAGGCUUUUAUAUUUUAAUAUAAUAUUUAUAAUAAUAAAUAGUAAUAUUUGUUUAAUGUUUUACCGAUUUUCCCAUGUUUUAUUCCGGUUUUCCACAUUUCCCUGGAAAACUCUUGGGAAAAUCAAAAAAAUUACUUCUCUAAAGUACUUUCCCGUUCAGAUUUCCUUUUUGAAAUAUUGCUAUCAUUGUAGCAAAAUUGCUAGUAGAAAAGUGAUGCACAGAAAAAAAGAAGGCCGUAAUACAUUUUAACUAAUACCUACAUUUUUUAUAUUUUUCCCGUUUUGUCAGGUUUUUCAAAUCUGAUGAGAAAACUCCUUACUCCCCACGCCGAUUUCCUUUCAGAAAAGGUGCUGUGCUUAAAAAUCUGAGCAAAUCUUCUGGUAGAAAAGAUGCGCACAGAUGAAAGAAAUAAAAAACACCUUUGUAAAAUCACGAGCUUCUUCGCUUCACUCGGAAUUAAAAAAAAACCGCUCUCGUUACAGACCCAACUGCGUCAACGUUCUGGUUACCACGACGCAUUUGAUCCCGGCGCUGGCCAAGCUGUUGCUGUACGGACUCGGACCGCAUUUCGCGGUGGAAAACGUUUAUUCGGCGGCCGGAGGGGGUGGCGGCCCAUCGACCGGCGGCGGUAAAUCGGGCGGCGGAAGCGGCGCGGGGUCCGGAACCGUGUCGGGGACGACGUCCACCGGAUCAACGAAAGAGGCGUGUUUCGACCGGGUGGUGCAGCGGUACGGCCGGAAAUGCACAUACGUGGUGAUCGGCGACGGGGCCGAGGAAGAACGGGCCGCUCGGCAGGUGAAUAAGACGCGCGCGAUAAAUCCCGGGGCUCGGGUCGUAAAGAGCAGAGAUGUCGCAUUUCGGUGAAAACGAUUUACGUACGGCCAAUCGUAUACGAUUUCGUACACCGAUGCUUUUUCUAGCGGUAAACGGGCGUAUUUCAACAAUCAUUGCACUGGGAUUUCAGCCCAGGUCGUUUGAAAAAUAACUAUUGCAAUCGUCGUAAACGCCCGAAUAUGCGUUUUAUCUUUAGUUUCCCGAAAUCGAUUAAAAUAGCGAGAUCGGAUCUUCGUGACUCAAGCCCCGGAAUCUAAACGAAAUAAAUCGCGGCUAAAACGGUAGUCAGCGCGCGUUUUAUACAAUACGGGAACCCCAUCCGUUUGCGCACAAAAUAUUAUAGAAAGAACAUAAUAAACGCGUAACUAUGAACUAUACAAAAUUUGGGGGGUGCUGAAAUUACGGUCACGUCAAAAACUCUACGGGGGGUAAUGUCCCUGCAAUACCUUUUACGCAAUCCUUACAAUGAGCAACUUACACAUUUCGUUUAAAAUUUUGUACGUAGAAAUUGAUCGUAACUAUUUUAACAUUAUUUUUCAUACACCUACUUUUAUUGUAUAUACCCAUGGAUUGUCUGUAAGAAAUCUGUAUUUCGUUCUGCUCUCAUUAAUUUUAUAAAAUACACGGAUAAAAUAUUUAAUCGUUACCAUGAAAUAUCGUAUUUAGCUUUUUUUUUUGGGGGGGGGGUGUACUAAUUUUAAACUCAAAGGGGACUAAACACCCUUUAGUAUCCCGCCUUAAAACCCGUUCGCGCGAUAAUAGUUAUAUGCGUUUAUAAUACGUGGACAUUAUUACCUACGUGUGGAUACAGAUAAGACAACGAUCUCGCCGAUACCAACGUAUUCAUUAGUGGCGGCUCGCGGGCGCUGAUGAAAGUUAUCGUACUGACAAUAUGCGACAAGUCCUCUCAGAGAUCACAAAAAUAUUUUUAUAAUACCGAACAUUUUUACGACUAUUAGCGAUUAACCGUUCUUAUCUCAAAUAUUAUCGUCGGAUAUAAUGAUAACGCUCGUUACCGGUAUUUACCAAUAAUGAUACUUUCACAAUUCGUUAAACUUCGAUUAUCAUCCUAACCUUUUCAAUAAUUAUGACUUUUUCACGUAUGAGAAAAUCUAUACGCAAAAUAUCCGAAUUUCGAAAUCGACCGAUUGAUGUAUUGCGAACAUAUUGCGUAACCGCUUUAAAAAAAAAAAAAAAAAAAUGAUCAUACUGGUUGACAUAUAAAAUAGUUUUAAACGUAUAACGUACCAAAAGCACAUUUUAACUACACCUAUAAAGUUAAAAUAUUCACAGACAGUCCUAAGUCUGUAUAAGUGUAAAAUGUAUACCUACGUGUAUAAUCUGUGUGCAAGUGAGGCGUAAUUUCAGCGAAUGUGCGAAAACUGUGUGCGCCUUAAAUUGCAUUAAAACAAAUAACCUGGUCGAUACUACUCGAGGGUAGGCCAUUUUUGUUGGUGGGUUAAAGUUAGAAAGGUAGAAUAUACAGUGUAAUUUAAUUUAUAUACACUGUUUCCAGCGAUAAAUUAUUAUUGCAAAUGAAAAACGAUUCUGAACGGAAUAUUAUUAGUCAUGUUUUUGAACAGCAGUCGAGGUAACUCAGAAAUCAACGAAAAUAUUGUGAAUCGUUCGAGUAAUGUAAAAUCUAACGUUACAAAUAAGUACCCCCUCGCCGGCCAGAAAUUCGGCAACUUUUGAUACACCGCGACAUUGUGAAAAAAUCUUAACAUUUUUACUAACCGAAAAUUUUGAUUUACUCCGAGCGUAUUUUUUUAAGUAUUUCUUGUCACGUGGACCAUUCAUUUAAUUAAGAUUUUGAAUAUCAAAAAGAAGCUGUUAGUUUUGGUUUUACUAAAACAUUUUGUUGGUUUUAUCAGAAAACACUUAUUUGGCGAGUAAAAUAUUUCGAUUUUUUCAUCCGGUGCCUUUUAAAUGAUACGAUAUUUCCCCGUGGUGAUACAUUACUUGAAACGUUUUUUCGAGAUUUCCAACAUUUUUUGUAUAAAAAAAAAAAAAAUGUAAAAUCUGAAAACAAAUGACAAUGCACAUCAAUUUAAUUUUUGUACAUUACACCCGGAAAACACCACGAUAACCUUACUUAUCUCUUACUUACUCACUUAUCAAGUUCCGCUCAGAAUCAAUUUUUUGAUUGCCAUGAUUUAUCUUUGCUCUCUAAAUCAUCCUGUAUCCAAUAUACUUUCCCGUAACUUCUCACCUAUUACAACAGUAGCCUACCAAUAGCGCCAAGUACGACCGCGAUUUUCUAGUGCAUAUAAUAGGCGUUUUUUUUUUUUUAUAUUUUAUUCAAUAUUUGCAUAAAUAAUAUUAUUUGGAACCAUUAUAUAUUUAUGUUCGUGUGUCUAUUUGCAUGAAACAGAUGAACUUUCCGUUUUGGCGAGUGUCCAGCCACAACGACCUCCGAGCUUUGUACAACGCGCUCGACAUGGGAUUCCUGUAAAGAAGAAAUACAAAAAAAUCAAAAAGUUUGAAUAAUACAUAUACGGACGUAAUUGCAGAACGACGUCACAUUGGUCGCGCUCACCAGUUUUACCCUAUUAUAUUAUUAUACCUAUAAUACGUAAUCUCGAUUAUUAUUAUUUUUUUUUUUUCUAUUUUUGUUUUAUAUUAUCGUAAGUGUUUUGCUCGUGUGUUUUUAUACUUAUAUUCUAUUCCACCCGAACUUAAGGGCCGUAAAACUAAAAUAUGAGUAUAUUUUUAUCAUAACGCUGUAUUCGUUCGUAUAUACAUACGAUAGAUAAAAAAAAAAAAUUAUAGCCAAUAUAUUAUUAUUAUUAUUAUUAUAUAUUUAAAUUGAAUAAUACUUAAAAAAAAUUGAAAUAAAAAAAAAAAAACCCGGCCGUUUUACCCCGCCGGAUAUAGUGCGUUUUUUGUAACGUAAUAUUAUUAUUAUAUUAUUAUAUUAUUAUUAUAUUAUUAUAUUAUUAUAUUAUUAUAACCUACUCAUAUUAUACUGUUAUUAUAUUAUUAUAUUUCACGUAAAAA